AUGGGUCUUUUUAAUGGAGUAUCCUCGAUCAGUAGUGGUGGUUGCGGUAAGUCGAGGCCUUCACUCCCUGGGGCGGUGGGUGACGCGAGUCACGUCGGCGGAGAACUAGGCGGCACGCGUCGCGGCGGAGGGCAUUUCCGAUCUUGCGACCGCGAUAAGACUCGUAUGCUCUUAACCCUAAGUCGGACAGAGACCGCGGAACAGCCAUGGCUAGAUUGA